UUCAUUUAAGUAUGACUGGAACAGCAGUGGUUCUGAUGAACCUGCUCCUCAUCCUCUCUGUAGGUGCAGAGGAUAAAUCAAGACUCCACCGCAGGCCUGCGUGUGGGGCUUUGAGUGUCAAUCAAGCAUGCCCUCUCAACUAUUCUCCCGUAUGUGGUAAUGAUGGCAUCACAUACGUCAAUGAAUGCACCCUGUGUGUGCAGAGAAUGCACACUAAUGCAGACAUUUUGAUUGUGAAAGACGAACAAUGCUGAGGUGGAGGACCUUAUGAAAUCAACGCUUUGCUUUUCAUAUCUAUGUUUGUUUAAGAGUGUUGUUUGCUAUGGUCAUCUAGGGGAUGUGAUCAGUAUACCUAUAAACAGUGGAUGUGUGAACACCUAGCAAAUGAUAAAAUUAAAAAUAUUAGCACUAAAAGUGUCAGUUUUAUCACAUCUCA